AUGAAUAUACAAAGAUAUUUUCAGAAAUUAAAGCCUGCCACCACAACCACCUCUUCCAACAUUGACACAGCCGCCAAAAUUAUUUCUGUCAACGCCACCACCAACGCUUCCACCACAACGACCACCACUGAUUCUUCGUCCAAGGCUAAAAUAACACCCAAGGCUAAAAUAACACCCAAGGCUAAAAUAACACCCAAGGCUAAAACAACGCCCAAGGCUAAAAUCAACAGCGCAUCCAUCGCUGCUGCCAACAUUACUGCUUCUGCCAAUGUGUCCAGACCAAAGACCAAGACUCCUUCCACAUCCACCACCAUUGCCUCCACCACGACUGCUUCCACUUCCACGUCCAAGGCCGAUUCUAAGUCCACCACAGACUCCAUCAGUGACGCCAACAUCAAUACUUCCCUCAAUGACUCCACACAGAUCACAACUCCGUCCACCACCGACUCCAACGCUGAUGCCAUCAACAUUGGCUCCCUCGAUGCCUCCACCGCAACGACCAGAACUCCAUGCACUUCCAAGGCCAAGUCAACGUCGAAAGAAAAGCCUUCUAAGACUAGCUCCACAGCCAAAAGCAUGUCCUCGUCCUCGCACCCGGAAGAUAAUUAUGAUUCAGAUUCACAUUCUGGAUUUGUUUCUGAUUCUGAUUUACUUUCCGAAACAGAUAGCCCGAAAAAAAUUAAAAAAACAAAAAGAACCGAAAGGGUUAAUCGAGCGGAAUGGAUAACUAUGUAUCCAUGGCUUAGUUUUUUAGAAAAAAAACCAUAUUGCGCCGCUUGCAAGGUUUUCUUGACGAAGAAAAAAUAUAACAUUUCUCGUCAUGGAAAUCAAAAAACUCACCAAGCAAACGCAAAUAAACAGUGCAACAAAGAAUUGCUCCAGAGUUCAUUUGAAAAAUCAAACGAAUUCCAAACUACGCAGUCUGAAGCAACAGCUGUGCUAAAAUCACUAGCAUUUGUCGCAGAGCACAACCUGCCAAUUCUAAUAAUGGACCAUCUUCCCGACUUUUUAAAAAAUAUAUGCGCAGAUUCAAAAACUGCAAAAAACAUUAAAUGCGGAAGGAAAAAAGCAACUCAAAUUCUUACAGAUGUUGUGGAGCCAUUUUGUUCCAAAAAUAUUGCAAAAAAACUAAGAGAGACAAAGUUUUCAAUUAUAACGGAUGAGUCAACCGAUAUAUGUACAAAAAAGUGUAUAGCUGUUCUUGCAAGGUACUAUGACGAAGAAAUGAGAAAAGUCAUCGAUCAGUUUUUAUGCAUAAUGGAAAUCAAAGACUCUACAGCUAAAAGCAUUUUUUCAAAAAUAAAGGAGACCCUGGAUAAGAUGGAAAUACCGUAUUCCAAUUUAAUUGGAUUUGGCUCUGAUGGUGCCAAUGUCAUGCAAGGAGCUAAAAAUGGCGUUCAAGCUCUCCUAAAAGAACUAAAUCAAGAUAUUUUUGCAGUGGUUUGCACUUCGCAUUCUAUUCACAAGUGUGCAGAAUACGCCGCAGCUACCUUGCCAAAAGCAAUAUGCACAUUUCCACAGGAAGUGUUCCAAUUUUUUAAGAACAGUGCAAAAAGGCAGGAUGAACUGCAGCUAUUCCAGGAGUAUUUUAAUUUAAAAAAAAGCAAAAUUAAAAAAGUUGUUGCUACAAGGUGGCUGUCAUUUUACGAGGUAGUGGAAUAUUUUGUAAAAAAUUGGGUAGCUAUUAAACACUAUUUUGUAUCCGUAGUUUUUGAUGAUGAAAAUGAAAAAGGGAAAGUACAUUUAGAUACCUUAAAUAACCCCUUGUAUAAAAUGUAG